UGAAAUAAAGCAGAGCUGUCCAGAGAUUUUCUUGUGACCCCCAGAGUCCUUCAUCCCAGCACUGCUCACCCUCCUCCUCCUCAGUGGUGGAGGGGUCACAUGUUGCAGCCAUUUUGGAUCUACAGAAACUGCUUCAUUGAAAUGAUGCUGCAUUUUCUCACUCUAUAGUUUCCUGUGUUGGUGUUUUGUAAAUGACACCGCUCCUCCCUCUGCUUUCAGCCCGGACAAGUACAUUUCGGGUGUGGCGUUCAGUGACAGAGAGAAAUACACUGUUAGUUAGUUACAGUUAAGUCCAUCACAGCUUUUUACUGCAUCUCAUGGGCUUCAUCAGUGAGUUUGUCCAGGAAGUUGACGGACGUUAAACAGUAGAAGAUGCGUGCUUUAAAACUGACGUUAUCUGUGUGUCUCGCCACCUGUUUCCUGACGUGUCUGGACUCUGGAGACCUUCAGGAGAUGGAAGUGAAGCCUGGAGCUGAUGUCCUCCUUCAGUGUCAGGGUCCCAGAGAUGCUGACAUCAGACUGUUAAAGUGGAGCAGACCUGAUCUGGAGUCAGAGGGUUAUGUCUACUUCUUCAGAGACAACCACUUAUAUGAAGACAUCCAGCAUCCAUCUUUUCAUGGUCGAGUGAAGCUAAGAGAUCCACACAUGAAGGACGAAGACUUUUCUGUGACUCUGAAGAACGUCAUCGUCAACGACACUGGAAGAUACGAGUGUGAAAUAAUAAACAGCAAAACAGGAGGCAAACCUGAGCUCAUCAGCACCAUCAACCUGAAGGUUGAACCAGGUCACACACUUGGAGAUGGUGAGGACAGAGAAAACAGGAAUGGAGGGAACGACAAUGAAGGGAACGACGGUGGAGGGAAAGACGGUGGAAAUGUCGGCCUGGACGUAAUUCUGUCUGUUGCUGUGCUUUGCAUUUGUAUCGUUGUUUCUGUGGUCAUCUUUAGAAUAUAUAGAGGACGCACUGAGCAGAAUAGAGGGCAGAACCAGCCGCAGGUUUUUACAGUGUCAAAUGCCACCCCAGCAGUAACCCCCCUUUCUACACCCCCCUCCUCGACAAUGUCAACCCCACCCCAAACGCCCCUCUCCCCUCCAACACCCCCUCCUUCAACAUCCUGAUAAAAAUGGUUAUUUUCACAAACUAAAAUUUACAGAUGUCCCCUGAAACACUCGCAAUAGAUCGCAGUAGACAGCGCAGUUUACUGAUAUUCCCUAAACGCCUCACAUGUAGGCUCUUGGUGAAGCUUGGCUGUGCAGCUGUGCACAGAGAAGCUUCCGCUGCAGCGCACACAACUCAAACAGGCUAGUGAAUUAGUGAAAUAAGGUGUUCUAAUGUAAGAUCUACCUGAGCUGGCGACAGGUGAUUUUAUCUACCUGAGCAGGUAAUCACAGGUAGAGCCUGUAGGAAACACCAUGGGGUCUCAUUUGCAGGGUUUCUGGGGCAGUGGCAGUGCACUGUGUCAUACCUUUAUUUGAGGUUUAAAGGGGUUCAUAGCAGUCAAAAUGUGCCAGUAUGAGGGGCCAUCGGGGCCCCUUUAACCUUUGUGGGGACCAAACAUUUGCUUGGUUUUCCUCUCCUGACUGUGGCCCCGGGUGUGUAAUGUCUCAAUUCUCUGCUGUUACACAAAGAUGAAAUAUAUUUAUAUACAUAGAUUUAAUAAAUUUAGUUCCCAUGACAACAUGUGGACCUGUUUAGACCUGGUGCAGGACUCUACCGGACCUUACAGGUGUGGUCAGAGACGUCUUCCACAUAUGAAUGAAGUUCACUAGAUUUAAGUUAUUGUUGAGAGUCUUCCCGUACAUAUACAUAUAAACAUACACAUACAGCCUGAUAGUAAUGAUAGUAAUAGUUUUAUUUGUUGAAACCAAAAGCACAAAACCCUUUGUAAAGUCAGAGUGAGACGUGUCAUAAAUGAAAUGAAGGAAAUUCAGAUUUUUACAGAGUGUUAUUUGUUUUCAUCAGACAGAUUCUUUUUCCCUUAAAGGGUCUUUAACUGAUUUAUUACUGACAACUUACAGUUUUAAUAUAAGCCUCAUUAUAACAGUUGAAGUGUUUACUGAGUGGAGUUUUACUCGUCAUUGAAGACAGUAUUAUAGAUGAUUGAUGUGAGCUGAUACCGAUAAUGUAGGAAACUUACAGUGUGAGGAUCCACAUCUCACAUACAUUCAUCCACUGAACUCUGCAGAUUCAGCUCAGUACACCUGAACGUAUCACUGUGAGAUAAAAUAAUAAAAACUGAAUGAAGGACUUUUACACAAAUGUAUUAAUGGAUUUACAGCUGAGUCGUGCAGAAUGAAGCUCAUAAACCUGUUUGAUGAUUUUUUAACUGUUCAUUCACACAACACUUAAAGUUGAUUGUAUUGUAUAUAAAUUUAUAUCACUUUCUAAAGAUGUUUAACAUGAAGCUCUUGUUGUGUUAUAUUCUUGUUCAGAUAUAUAUUUUAAUGUUCACUGUCAAACUCUUAAUAAAAUGUUACAUGUAUUAA